AUGCCAAAUCCAAGCGCGUGGACACCAGGAACACCCUCCCCUCAAGUGAACGUUUCGCAUGCCGCAUCACCACCUCCAGGACAAGCUUGGCAUCCUUUCGCGGGGGCCACGACAUAUCCAUACCAAUCCAUCGGUGCGCAAGGGCCGUAUUCACCUCCUUCGACACAUACUGCACCACAGCAGCAUGGCUCAUUCAGGCCAGACGUGCUACCGAGCGUAGCACCAAUGGCAAGCGCAGGCCCACUUGUUUCGCGUCCUACGACAGCACAGUCAUCCCUGGUCCAUCAGCAGUCUAGACAGCCUGGACUAGUUUCUGAUUGGCAGAGCGAGCAUCGCGCAGGAAGGAGUCAGAGCGGACAAGCGGCAGAUCACGACACGACGACUUGCGAAGGCUGUCAAGCCGAUCUUCGAGCCGCUCUCGAAGCGUCGCGUCUUUCCGCAGAAGCAGACACCAGAAGACGAGCAGCGGGUCCUGCGCAGCAUGAAAGGCUAUCGUCCGAAGAGAUGGCACAGAUCAAUGCGAUGGAGCUGAGUGCGGCUGAGGAACGCGCGAAAGCUGAGGCCGACGAAGCCGCUCUACUGCAAGCCGUGAUGGAGGCCAGUCUGAGGGACGAGGAAGAGGCGAUCAGGUCGAGAAGGGUCAGGCAAGAACAGCAAGCUCGAGUAGCCCUCACGCUGCAGCAAAGUCGUGACGAUGAAGCUGAAAGAGCUCGAUUGAGAGCUGAGGCGGACAAAGAAUUGUUGGACAGAAGCAAGAGAGAGGCGAAUGAGGAAAGAGAGAGGAGGGCUAGAGAAGAAGCGGAUGCGAGAGAUAUAGAGGAGAGCGUUUUGAGACAGAGCAGAAUAGAUAUGGAGCAGGAGUGGAGUAGAAGAGAUGAAGAAGAACGAGCUUUGACUAAUUUUCUAAGUCAAGGUGGGCAGCCGGGCGAUGCCGCGUACUGGAGACAUUUGCACCAAGAUCAAGCCUAUCAGCUGGCAGUCACCAUGCGACAAGAACCGAACACAUCUACGUCGACAGCCGCGCCGCCGCUACCUCCGCUACCCUCGGGCGCUAGUGCUUCGAGGCAUCCAUCGAUGGCAGAUGCGGGUGCGAAUAGGAGACCUCUGCCACAGAUUCCGCCUGUCAUGGGACCGUCGGCAGGUGGCUCGACCAGCAAUGCUCUUGAGGACGCCACUCCAGACGCCGCUCACCGUCAAGCCCUUGGGGACCAGGAUGAAGGGUCAAGGGACGCGUUGUACGACGGCACUAACGGUGACCCCUUCGCCGAUGACGCGGAAGCGCCACCGAUGUAUGACGAGGUGGGAAACGAUCGCCCUCCAAAUGCACCAGAUUCGGCGCCCUCACACAUCCGCUUCGAGACACACCCUGCCCUGCUUGCUGCUGCUGCCGCUGCUCGCCCAUCCAACGAAUCUGCGGAUGUCCACCACCACUGGCCCAACGAGAAGCAAUCCUUGCAUUCUCAUCACGGCAGUCCAGCGGCGCAAUCUAGCGCUGCUAGCCUAUACGAUCGGGAUUCAGCUCAAGUUUCCAGCGCCAGUGUGCGACCUGCAGCUUUGACACCUGCCCUCUCCUCGCCGUCUUCAGCCACCGUAGCAGCAAGUCGGCCAGUCGAGAUCGGCAGUUUCGACGAGGCGAUUCAGGAGGAGGACGACGCAGAAUUUUCCCCCAACCCUCUCUUGAGUGUGCUGCACCAACAUAGAAGGUCUGUCAGCAGCGCAGCAUCGACGCGGUCGAGAACAGCACAUAAUCGCAGCGGUUCUGCGGGAUCGUCCAGUCUCCAAACCCCGGCUUUUCGCCCGUCCAAGUCGAGCAGCAGCUCUGCGUUUACUCUGACUGCUGUGGAGCGUGGUGGACAAGUGCACAGUCGUCCUCGCGCAUCUAGCAAUCAGAGCGCAUCUUCCUCUAACUCCAACUUUAUGAAGGAUGGGCGCUCGGAUCGAGCGCGUCAAAUGAGCAAUGCGAGCACGAUGACGCACGACGCGACCAUUGAUUCGCAUCAGACCUCAACUUCGCACGCACCGUCAGCUUCCACGUCAGCCACGAGCGUAGACGAAGCUGCCGCACGGCAGACGCCAAAUCGGGGCGACUUUUCACAGACGACCAUGGCAGGCACGGACUGGGGCUAUGCUUUGGAACCUUUUGCGCCAGAGCUUUAUGCGUCACCUGCAAAUGAGAGCGCAGCGGAAGGAAAAGGCCGCUUUCCCAACACGGUGCAGCUCUCGAUGGCUCCAGCCGACGGAUCCGGCUUGAGGGAAGGUAGCCACCGAUCCAGCUUCUUCACCAUCCGAGCGCCGAGCUGGAAGGGUCUGUUGCGAGCUAUGGCAUGGUACGGCAACACGCUCAUCACAGCUGGCCCUCAAGAAAUCGCCGAUGCAGCUCUGGCCAGCGAGCAGCAGGUAGGCUCACAAAGAUCCGAGGCUGGUGUGCUGAGCCUCGCUGUGCAAGUCGAAGUCGUGACCCCUACCCGGCUGCGCGAUUCUGGCUACGGAUUGGGCACUGCCAUAGUAGGCAGCCGAGGGCAGCUUAUCCCUGGUAGCGUCCCCUUUGCGGCUACAGCUGCACACGUAGCCAUCUGUAUAUCCCUCGUGCCGACUAAUGAUCCGAAGCAAUCUCUGCAAGGAGGGGAUCUGGCACGCGCACUCAAGGCUUCGUCGCGCAGUCUAGAUGUCAGCUAUUCGAGACGGGGCUCUGCUCGACGGGUCAUUCAAUUGCCUAGAGAGGCUCCUCAUCUACCUUUCACCAUGGUUCGACUAGCUCAGCACGUGCAUGCUGCUCAUCGCUUCAGCGCUGCUUGUCCCACCACUAGCAGCACCGCUCUGCACUCUCCUCGAGAUCUGCACCACGCCAUCGAAGCGCACGACGUAGAGUACGUUCGUCGCAUCAUGAAACAGAUGCGCAAUGCCAACGGCGGCACAAAGGGAAAGCCAGGAAGUCCGGAAUAUCGCGUCAUAGGUUUGGACGGUAUACCGGUCGAUCCGGCCAACGAAGCCGGAGAGUUGAGGGAUUUUGCUGCUGCUGAGGAGGAGGAUGAGCAUGGGCCGGUGGGACGUUUGGCGGCCAGAGUCAGACGCAGACUUGCCAAGAGAUCGGGAGAUGGUAGAGUGGUCGACGAUCAACUCAUGAGCUGGGUCACACCGCUCGUCACUGAAGACGCUGUGCAGCAGGAGGAUGCGUGGGAAGAGCGCAAGUGA